AUGCUAAAUAUAAGGAUAGUCAAAGGUGGCUGCCGUGGACGUGAAGCGGUUAGGUUUGGAGUGGUAAGUAUUUUGCUGUUCAGAAUAUUUGACUCUAGUCGAGACCUUACGUAAAAAUGGAAAAUUAAAAUUUAGCCUCUAGUUCACCGUUACGCUCUUAAGUUCAAUUCUUCUGAACAGGAAUUAAAUUCUUUCUGGACGAUUCAUGUCUCUUCAGAGAAUAAUUUAUUAUUUCAGUCAUCGUUUACACGGACGCGGCUUCCAAUCCAAACGGUUUCAUGACCUUGAAACCGCAUCGAAAACGACACGGUUUCGAAGUGUCUACACAGAACCUAUGCAACUGUUUACGCCAUGAAGAUCUCGUUCUCAGGCCCUUGCAUUUCGUCUGUUGGAUCUGGGGAACGAGUAAAGAGUCCAAAAGAAAGCUUAUCAAAAUUUAUGGACCUGCCACCUAUGGCAAAAUAAUAGACAAUUUGUUAUUUGUAUUUAAUACAGUGCAACACCCGAUUUUAAUCGUUUGCUGUUUUCCUGAGUCGUCCUUCAUCUGACAAAUAAUAUAUAGUCGAGGCCACCUGUGUUUCUACUGAGACCGGAAGUCGCAUGUUUGUUACUUUCCUUUCGAUGAACGGUCUUAACUCACCACAUAACUUGUAAAAAUUGUCUUUGCCCAUUCUGAAGUUUUCCUUCCAUUCUUCUGCAAGCAUGACACCGUCCAGAAAGUUGUUCCACCAGACACUAGUUCUCCUAGGCCGAGUCCAGAAUCGUCGUUUUGCUUUUCUCUUCCUUACUCUAGAGCGUAUUGACGAAGAAGCCAGCCAAUUUCGCGCCAAAAUAAGUAACCGUUUUUAAAUCGAUGCGGUUUCGCCGUUUACACGACCAAUCGUUUUGAAAACUCUCCACUUUUUAAAGCGUUUUCGGAAUGACCCGGUUCUGAUAACGAACUCGACCGGUGCCGUGUAAACGAAGGGUGAAACCGUAUCGAAACCGAUGCGGUUACAAAUGAAACCGCGUCGCUCUAAAUUCCCCAAAUAGCAUAUUUUCCUCUUAAGAACCAAAAUUCUUAUCAGAAUAAUUAUUUUAAUGGUGUUUUUUUCGAGGAAAAUGAAGGUUCUUGAAACAAGAUUGACUAUAGAAGAGAAUUCUUGUGGUAAGAAUACAUUACAUCUGAAUAUCUUGAGAAGAAUCUCUAUUUCAGAAACUCUUGCCCCAAGAACCGGGAAUUCUUUUCUUAGGAGCGAGAAUUAUUUUCAGCAGGUAAUGAAGUAGAGAGUUCUUCUGGAAAGAAUGUUAAAUUGCAAUUUCAGAAACUCUUGCCACAAGAGUCGGGAAUUCUUUUCUCAACUCAAGAGAAUUCUCGUUCGGAACGAGAAUUCUUUUCAGCAGGCAGUGAUGCAGAGAGUUCUUCUGGAAAUAAUAUUUAAUCGCAAAUCUUACGAACAGAAUUGCAAUUUCAGAAACUCGUGCCACAAGAAUCCGGAAUUCUUUUUCUCAAGAACGAGGAUUCUUUCUAGCAGGCAAAGAGGUAGAAGGUUCUUCUGGAGAGAAUGUUUAAUUGCAGAUCUUAUGAAAAGAAUCGCAAUUUCAGAAUUCAUGAGAUAAGAGGCAGAAUCUAUUAUAACCAAAAUUUUAUUAAGGUAACCUCUAUUGCAAGUAACUUUGAUAACUACAGACCAAAUUAUCUGAUGAAGUCUGAUAAAGCUUUGCUACAAUACAGCGGUGGAGUAGGUACAUGAACGAUACGCUCACAUACGCUAGGAAAACAAAAUAUGGUGUCGUAGCCGCGAUAAUUUACAUUAAAUUUUCGUGUGAACAUUCACAACACCAAAAUUAAUAACUUUGGAAGUGAAAGACCUAUCUGGAGGUUUGAGCAGUUCCAAAAUAUUCCUUAAAUUUUUGUCGUUGGAAUCUGUUGUACUGGCAAGCGAGAAAACGCGGUCGAUUCUAAGCGCUUGGUAACCGCACUAUAUCCGAUUUCGGUUGUGCGGGCUCAUUUAACGUUUUUCACGGCUUUUAAGAAUGCGUGCCGAAUAAUACGUUGUCGUUGCCUUGUUUCGGUUUCGCAUGAGGAAGGAGAUUUCAGCGGCCAAUACUGCUUUCUGCUCCAAGGUUAACUUGUACAUUAGGAGGGCAUUCAAAUCUGGGUUCAUAUAGAGUGAUUCAAUGGGAAUAUUCGGAGUGUCAGGUGGGCUCUUGUUGAAAUAAUUCAGUGUCGACCGAUCGACGGAAUCUCGUAUCAACAAGAUGAGGUCCAAGAAACUAAAUCCUGCUUGAUUGGACCCAACCUUCCUUGGAAACAUGCUGAUAACAAAGCUGUUGGAAGGAAGUGCUCUUCAGGAACUGAUUGAACCUUGUUCAUAUAUGAUCUACUGAUUGUAUGAAGACUUGAAGGCUUCAAUUUGCAACAAAAUUUAACUAUUUUUGCAUGAUUCAAAAUUGAGUAUUCCCCUUCCACUUUCAAUCAUGUUUGCGAACAGAUAAAUACUGGAUUGCACAGCUAGAGAAGAGGUCAUAGGAAAGGACUAGGGGUUGCAAUUGGCAUGCUAUUAAUUCACUGAUGUACAACAACUGCUUUGAUGCAGAUUGUGAAAGUAAUGAAUGGUAUGGAGUAUGAUCAGGGAAUCAUAUAUUUAACUAAUAUACAAAGAAUGAGAUAUGUAGAUAAAAAUUGAAAGAGGUCAAUAACAGGGAAUGAAGUGUAUGUUGAAGAAUAGAAAAUGGGGUAUGAUUGAAAAGUGAUAUUAUGUCAUUAUAAGAUACAAAAAAAUGAGGUGAUAAUCAGUAAAUGUUUUCAAUACAGUGAGUGCUGAUAUAGUUGAUCAUAGAUAACUUGAUGCAUACGUAUAUAUUAUAAAUAUGUGAUUUAGUUUUAUGUUAUGUUGAUUGUAUGUUAAGAAAUAAAUCCAAAGGAAAUGAGAUUCUUUUCAGUGUAAUUUAUUGUGGUAGAGGUAAAUCAAUCCUUUCAAUAACUCAACAAACCCAGUAAAGGCAAAAGAUUCUUCUCAAUAGAAUAUUCAGACCUCAGAAGAGCACAAAGACUUUAUCAGCAAGAAUACUUUUAAAUGUGAUUCUUCACCCAAGCAAAUUCAAUCUCUUAUGAAGAACAAUCAAUUUAAAAAAAAUUUCAUUCUUGAAUGAAGGGAAAAAACUCUCAUGAGGAGACUCAGAAACUGACAUUCUUCCCAAACAAAUAUUGUGUCUUCAGGGAAGAGCAGUAAUUCUUCUGAUAAGCUUGCUUAAAAAAUGAGAUUCUGCUUCAAUGGUUAUCAUCUUGAGAGGACAGUAGUGUUUCUUCUCAGAAAAAUAACUCAUUAAUUGGUUCUGGGCAAAAUAAUUUUGUUCUUGUGGGGAAAAACUAGUAUUCUUCCAACAAGAAUCAGACAUAUAUGAGAUUCUUCUCAUGAGAAUUAUUAACCUUGGGAGGAGACCCACAAUUCUUUCCUUAAAUGAAUAUCAUCUUGGGAGGAGAGCAGGGUUUCUUUUCAGAAGAAUACACCAUUAAAUAGUUCUUAACAAAAUAAUUUUGUUCUUGUGGGAAAAAACUAGUAUUCUUCUGACAAGAAUCAGACAUAAACAAGAUUCUUCUUAUAAAAAUUCUUAACCUUGAGAGAAGACCCAUAGUUCUUUCCUCAAGAACCAGCUUUCUUCUCUUCAGAUUCUCCUCUGGGGACAAAGAAUUUGAAACAAUAAAUUCUUCCCUGAAGAGGCAUGAAUCUUUCAGAAAGAAUUUAAAUUCUGCUCAAAAGAACUGAAGUUAAAAGCGAUUUAGAGUGUGUCCGUGUAAACAGUGCCUCAGACUCUUUGUCCCCAGAGGAGAUAUAUAAUUCUGAGGAGAAGAAAUCUGGCUCUUGAGGAAAGAACUGUGGGUCUUCUCCCAAGGUUAAGAGUUCCCAUGAGAAGAAUCUCAUGUAUGUUUGAUUCUUGUUAGAAGAAUACUAAUUUCUCCCCAAAGGAACAAAGUUAUUUUGUCAAGAACCAGUUAAUUAGGUAUUCUUCUAAGAAGAACUGCUUCUCUCCUCCUAAGAUAAUAUCCAAGCUUAUCAGAAGAAUUACUGCUCUUCCCUGAAGAACUAAUAUUUGUUUGAUAUUCCAAGGGGAAUAAAUUAAUUAGCCCCAGGCCUACAUGCUGUGCCUGGCUUGAUGUUGACAGACAUUUAGUUGACACUUUAUAUUGUGUUUCACUCCUUUGUUUGUUGUAGUUAUUGCUUGCCCUCCUUCCCACCCCAGGGGCUUUCCUUGAGCCCUUAGGGGCUUCUUGUUUCCUCAUUAAAGAUGCCCAAACAGAUUCACUGUCUCAUUUGUUGGUGGUGUCGUGCGAGUGGGGUGUGGCAGGGGGAUAAUGAAUGUCAGUUUCUGAGUCUCCCAUGAGAAUUUUUGUCCUUCACCCAAGAAUGAAUAUUCGGUUUUAAAUUGAUUGUUUUUCUCCAAAGAUUGACUUUGCUUGUGUAAAGAAUCACUUUCAAAAGCAUUCAUGCUGAGAAAGUCUUUGUGCUCCUCUGAGCUCUGAAUAUUCUAUUGAGAAGAAUCUUUUCCUUUUACUGGGUUUUGUUGAGUUAUUGAGAGGAUUGAUUUUCCUCUAACAGACUAACACAGUUAAUUACAUUGAAAAGAAUCUCAUUCUAUUUGGUUUUAUUUUUUAGCAAACAAUCAACAUGACAGAAAAUCAACUUACAUAUUCAUAAUGUAUGCAUCAAGUUAUCAAUGAACAACUAUAUCAACAUUUACUGUAUUGACAACAUUCACUGUUUAUCUAGAUAUCUCAUUCUUUGUAUCCUAAAUAAUAUCAUAUCUCUUUCAAUUCAUACCCCAUAUUUUUGGUUCUAUUUGUUAACAUACAAUUUGCAUUAAAUAUAAUUAACUUACAUAUUCACAAUAACAUGAUGUAUACAUCAAAUUAUCAAUGAACAACAAUCCCAACAUUCAUUGUAUUGACAACUUUCAAUUUUGUACCAUAAAUUUAUCAUUCUCUGUAUAUUAAUUAUAAAUAUAUCUUUCCCAGAUCAUACCCCGUACCAUUCAUUGACUGUUACAAUCUGCAAGAAAAGCAGUAGUUGUACAUAUGUGAAUUAGUAGCAUGCCAGUUGCAACCCUUAGUCCUUUCCUAUGAUCUCUUCUCUAGCUGAGCAAUCCAGUACUGUUCUGUUCACAAACAUAGUUGAAAGGGGAAGGGGUAUGCUUAAUUAUGAAUUAUACAAAAAGAGCUUAAUUUUGAUGGAAAAUUGAAGCCUUCAAGUACAUAAUUUGGCCCCACUCAGUUGUAAUUUAUCUUAACUUCAAGCUCUGCAACUGAAAUUAAACUUGCCAGUCCUGCAAUUAGUGCAGUAUGAACAGGGUUCAAUCAGUUGCUCGUAUGAGGUCCAAACAAGGAAACAACAACCUAAUGUUCAGCGCAUUCUUUUGGGGUUGUGCCUAAAUCCUACUGGCUAGAGGUACACUGGAGGAGUGCUAGUGAUGAGUUACUAAGUUGGGUGAUUAUUGGAAAUUGUCGGAAAUUGCAUUACAGACUUUGCCAGUAACACCAUUAGCAAUUUACCUACAGUCAAGUGAGGUGAUUGAACCAGACAUGAACAUUAUAACAUGCUAUACAUGUGAAGAGUACAUUGUUGAGUUUAAAUCAAGGAAAUUUUGUUUGGCUGUUUCCUUCACCCUUGUCAAUCUUAAGUUUCUUGUUCAGCAGAGUUUUAGCUGAACACUGUAGCUGCUAAGACUUAAACUUGCAAGGGUAAACAAAACUUGUGAAUAGUAUUGCCAUCAUAAUGCCCUUGUCAUAGUGCUACUGAUUAGAAAGAUCCCCAAGAUGAAAUUUCUAUUGUCUUGUACAUCUAGCUGUUAGGAUCUCAGGAGGCUUAGAAAAUACUUCCAGCUAGAAGUACAGCUUGCAUAUUUAGUCAACGUUGCCCAAUUGUUACAAAAGUUUGCUUGACAUUUUAUUUUUUCUGCACUCCAAAUUAGUCUUACACUCCUUCGAAACACUUUUUUCAAGAAUAUGUAUAAAUUAACUAAUUUUAUUUUGGUCUUGUACCUCUAGCCAGUAGGAUCUAAAGGGGCUUAUAAAAUAAUCCAGGCUAGAGGUACAGCUUGCAUAUUUAAUGGUCUUAAUGCCCAAUUUUUAUUACAGUUUGCUUUGAAUUUUACUUUUUGGCAUUCCAUUUGUGUUUGAUUAAAAGUACCGUUGACAAGGCCAACCAUUGUCUGAAAUACUAAAAUCAACUCAUCUUUAAGUAGUCAUAGGAUAGCAUGAUUUUAAUUCACUAAAUUGACAUUUUCCCUUUGUAUUUUCAAUGAUAUUUAACAGCAUGUAUGACUGUAUGAAAACCUUAAAGCAAGUUAUUCUUGAAAAUAUAAAAUUGUCAUCUACUAUAUAUACAGAAUUUAUACAAUUAUAUAACUAAAAUGAGAUUAACCUGUACCUGUGUUAUUUUUGAUAAAAAGUGCUAUUAUUAAAAAGAAAUCAAACUUUUCUUAUUUGAACAUCAACCAGAAACCCUUUGCUUAUUGCCUAAUAAUACCUGCUUUAACGAAUAUAGGCGAUCCUUGCAGUUAUGAACACUAAUGAACUAGUAGUUGAAAUAAAUACCUGCUUUAGUUUCAGCUGAUUCCCCAUAAAGAGUCAUUGGAUGCUCAAAGCUUGUGUGCUGUGCCAUCAAAUAUUAGCAGUGGUAAGUACAUGACCAAGGAAGAAGAAGAUCUUCUUGAAAAAAAAAGGAUUCCAAUGUAGUAUAAGACUAACAUGGAAUGCUAAAAAGUAAAAUGCAAAGCAGACUGUAAAAAAAUUGGGUAAAGUCAAUUAAAUAUGCAAGCUGUACUUCAGUAUUUUCCAAGCUUCUUAAGAUCCUACUAGCUGGAGGUUAUAGACUGAAUAAGAGAGAACAAUUUGUAAAUGUAUUUAUGAAAAAGUGAUUCCAAGGAGUGUAAGACUAGUUUGGAGUGCAGAAAAGUAAAAUGAGCAAACCCCAGUAAAAAUUGGGCAAAUUUGACUAAAUAUGCAAGCUGUACCUCUUGCUGGUAGUCUUUUCUAAGCCUCCUAAGAUCCUACCAGCAAGAGUUUAACAAGACCAAAUAAAAGAACAAAAAUUCAAAUAUAUUUUAACAAAAAUGACUCCAAAGAAUGUAAAACCAUAAGUUGGAGUUAAGAAAAGUAAAAUGUGGAGCAAACCAUAAUUAAAAUUGGGCAAAGUCCACCAAGUAUGCAAGCUGUACCUGUAGUUGGUAGUUUGCUCUAAGCCCCCAUAGAUCCUACCAGCUAGAGGUGCUUUUUACAGUGUAUUCGUUGUUAGAACUGUUUUUUCAGCUGCUGUAUUGUUGUUGAGGUGGCGAAAGAAAACCUUUUUAAAACAUCGGCCAUUGUGUCGCUCGCAAAUUUUCAGCGUAUCCAAAUGUUGCGACAUCUAAGGCUGGUACUCGAUUGGCUAUGUGUGAGUUUCUUUCAUUAUUGACCAAUCAAAAUGUCUGGUUUGUACUACUUUGCACUGAAUUAACCCUCUCUUGCACUGAAUUACCUGGAAACUGCAUUUAUCUUAACCAAUCAGAAUUGAGUAAUUUUUUCAUGUAUAUUAUUAGUAAUGGAAAUCUAAACAAGGUAAAAACAGUACCAUAUUGCAAAAUUUGGUCAUAUUACAACUGAGGUCACAUUGUGUAAAUUUUUAUUGAGGUUCAAAAAGAACGACUCUAUUGUCAAUGCUGCUUUUAUAAUCACAAACCAUCUUAAAUUAUGUUUUAGUGGUUGCGUACAUGUUCCACACUGGUAAAAAGCAAAACAGAGACACAUGCCAGAGUACAGUCAGCUAAUUACCCAUCCGGUGACUUUGCUGAUGGCUUGAACGGUGGGAAAUUACUUUCUGAGAAAGUGAAAAGCCCAGUGUGUUCAUACAACGAAUGGGAUCCUCUUGAAGAAGUCAUCGUGGGACGCGUUGAAGGUGAAUUUGUUAAACUGGAGUGCUGUCUAGUGACACCCCUUCCUAGCUUUCUGAAAGAAGUUCACUCUGUGUCAGUACCAAAAUAACUCUUAAUCUAUGAAUAUGUGUGAGCCAGUGAAUGAUCCAAGUGCUAAGUGACACAUCGAGUAAUGUCUUUGCUUUACUCUCUUUCUUCAGGGGCAACCGUGCCCGAGUUUUCGAUAGAAGUAAAAGCAAAUACUCAUGAGAAAAACUGGCCGUUUUUCAAUACUUUUGGCGGCCAAUCGUUUCCUGUAUUACAUCUUAAAAAAGCGCAUCUGGAAAUCGAAGAAUUCUGCAACAUUCUACGACACGAAGGAGUGAAAGUUCGCCGACCUGAACCAAUUGACUUCUCAAAGGUAAGAAAAAAAAAUCUUAUCUCUCCUUACUUAAGGAGUUGAAAGAAGAAACAUGGCUAAAUUAGGAUUUAGUUUAUUUAUUCAUUUAUUUAAGGAUUUGUACAAAGCAGUACCGGAGCAAAAACAAUAGGAAAUAAGUCUCUAACUAGGUUUAAGCUCCAACCCAACCCCUCCUCUGUAAAAUAACUGAAUAAUAUAAAUAGACUAAAUAGGUUGCUUAACAAGUGCACGCAACAAGGGUAUUUACCAAGCGACAUUUAGGAAAAAUUAUUUUAAAGGUACGGAAGUUGUCGCCACCCAAAACGUUGAAAAGUCUCUUGAAAUAAAACGAGUGUAUGGGUAGCAUCAUUUACAGCCCGACUGAUUUUGUUUCAAGUUGUGUUAUAAUAUGCUUAAGUUAUCACAAUGUAACAUAAAAUGUCACUUGGAGUGAUAUUAAAUACUUAGGCUCAAUUUUUAUAUUGUUAAGAGAUGAUGAGCUCAUGGUCUCUUGUUUCCAUUUCAUAAAGAAAUCUGUGUAAGAGUGCUCGCCUGGUUUUUUUUUUAGUAGAUGGACAUCUAGAAAUGAAUAGAAAUACCCUGUAUUUAAUUUAUGAUUAUAUGAUUUUUUAUGAUUUUGACCCUGCCCCCUCCCAUUCCAUCUCUCGAGGAGCACAGCGCAGUGUUUUUUUUUAAUUAUAGUGCAAGCGGCAAGAACAUGUAGGCGCCAGCGUAAUCUGUUACAAAAUUAAGAUCAGUGUAUUCUAUGGACCAGUGUUCUACUUUUCACCCUCUUCUAGUUGUUUGCACAAUUUCUAGUUCAUUGAUGACAUUCUCACCUUCUCACCCAUCGCUGCUUCCACUGUAGAAAAUGUACUCAUUGUCUGACUGUUACUUUCACACUCACUGUCCGAUGCACUUCAAAAAGAUGUCAGACUCCUUAUUAUUCAAAUUAAAAAAAGAAAGCCCACCCCCAACUACUUUCAAACACCUCUGACUCUUCAUCUUUCACAACAACCUAACCCCCCUUGAAUUGUUCGGGUAUAAAAAUAUCCGAAGGGAGUUCUAAUAAAGUGAAUGGCAGGAAAAUGAAAGGAGGAACUAUAAUUGAGUUAUGUUUUCAGGCUUGGCUUAAACUAAAAUUUAAAUGUCUUCACCAGGUCUAUAAAACUCCUGACUUCCAAUCAUCCGGGUUAUACGCAGCCAUGCCACGUGACAUUCUGCUUGUGGUUGGCGACGAAAUCAUAGAGGCGCCUAUGGCAUGGCGGUCUCGAUUCUUUGAGUACCGUGCCUACAGGUCCCUGCUUAAGGAAUACUUUAGGGGUGGUGCUAAAUGGACGACUGCACCUAAACCCCUCAUGAGCGACGACCUAUAUGAUGAGGUACGGGCUUGAUUGAUUAUGAAUUUUUUCGCUUAAAAAAGAUCUUGUUUUGCGGCUGCUUAGGAGAUUGUCAGAAUUUUUUUGCGUUAUUUUAUCGCCAUAUAAGUAGCUUGUUUAAAGUAAAAUCACUGAGUGAAAUUUGGUUUUUGCCGUCAUAACUUUUAGAACUAUGCCAUACGGUCAGUGGAGGACCGCCACAAGCUGGCUGCUUCGGGAAAGUUUGUUACCACAGAGUUUGAACCCUGUUUUGAUGCCGCUGAUUUCAUCCGAGCAGGCCGUGAUAUAUUCGUUCAAAGGAGUCAGGUAAAACAAAUAUAUCACUCCCAAAAAAACUCUCACUGCUUACUGUCAAUAAUGAAGUCCUCUACUCAGCCUUAUGCUCUUUUUGCGUAAGAUAUAUUUACACGGUACACUGAUCAUAAGCCGGAUAUGGAUUCCUAUAAAGGCGGAAAGUAAUUCACAAGUUAAGAAGUAUUCAGAUAAAAGGUCUCGGACAAUGCAUUUAUUUCUUUGAUUCCAUGUCAAACAAAGUAUUUCAAUUCUUUACCUUGUAAAUAAUCUUAUGAAAUAUGGUAUUGUUUUGUCUUAGUCAUAAAAAGAAAGAUAUCUGAGUGCCCCUAUUCCCUAAUUUGCCAUUUUCCUCAUCAUAUUUACUCACAAUCGUAACAAGACGAGAAACAGCUUUCUCCAUUUGACAAGCGAGAUUUCGUAUUCUACUCGAUAAAUAGUCUGCCGCCUCGUUCGUUGCAACAGGUCACAAACAACCUGGGCAUUGAAUGGAUGAGGCGACAUCUUGGAGAGCGUGGAUAUCGUGUGCAUAAAUUAUCCUUUGAUGAUCCUAAUCCGAUGCAUAUUGACGCUACCUUCAACGUCAUUGGACCCGGAUUGGUUCUAUCCAAUCCUGACCGGCCUUGUCAUCAGAUCGAGCUGUUCCAUAAAGCUGGGUGGACUGUGGUCAAGCCACCAUUGCCUCUCAUACCAGACACACACCCCCUGUGGAUGUCGUCCAAGUGGUUGUCCAUGAAUGUCCUCAUGUUGGAUCCGACAAGAGUCGUGGUGGAUAAAAACGAGACAACUACACAAAAGGUGAAAUAAUACUUGAUUUGAUGGGUAAGAAGUGGAACAAAUUGCAGAUGAGGUUUUCACUUCGAAAGUUAAUUUUAUUCGCUAUACCCCAAGAUAUCGCGCUGUUACUGAGUUUGAGCAUGAUAAUUACGGCUACGGCAAACAGCAAAAUUCGAAAUAAAAUCUAAUUUUAUUUACUUACCUUAAAAAUUUUUUAAUCAACCCUAUAGAAGAGUAAAACAAGAUGUCUUGUUCACAGCUAAUGCAAACUUGAAUGUCUUCACUCCGAGUUACAAACGGCUGAAUGCAUAUUGUUAGAGUUUUGUCGGUUUCACAUUUGACGUUUCUCCUAAAGAGUAUCCAUGAACUCUUUCAUUUUUAAGUCGGAGGUCAUGGUCUUAAAAAAGAAUGAAACGUUGAAAUAAAGACUUAAUUUUUUUUAAAAAUAUUAACACGGAUUUCAGAUAAGAGACUUAAAAUUUGGAAUUACGUUUUAGAGGUACAAAAACCAUGAUUUGAUUUCAUUAAUUCCUAGGUCUGUAAGGUUCACAUGUUUUUGAUAACACAAUCACUAGUAAACCUCAUUAAAACGAACCACACAUUUUUUUAAAUUCCACUGAAUUUUUAUUGUUCGACGAUAGUCACCACAUGAACUUCUGAUGCAUAUGAGAAGUUGAAGAUAGCUCUGAAUCCCAACUACAGAGUAUUACACGCUGCAAAGCAUCUGCUAGCGCUGGAAGCUAAAUAUGAUAACGCUUGCACGUAUCCAGUUAUUUUUAACGCUUGUACGUGUCCAGUUAACUAUGCGUGCUCUCUUUGUUUUAGAGCAUAUUGGUGUUAGGAAGUGACGUGUUUUGCUUAAACGCUAUACUCGUUUUCAACAGAUGUUCGAGAAUCUUGGAAUCAAAUGUGUUCCUGUCUCUAUCCGCUUUGCCAACUCUCUUGGCGGAGGUUUCCACUGCUGGACAUGUGACGUCAGGCGUCGGGGAACCUUGGAGUCGUAUUUUUAACUCUAACAGAAAAAGCCUUUUUUAAUUGUACGCAUACAUAUUUUAGUCUGCUCGCCUGCUUGAAUGAAACGUUCAACAUGUACCACGUUUUUCAUAUGUUUUAGCCUUUGGUCAGUAAAUAUGGUGACAUGGUGGUGCGAUUUUCUGUUCCUAUUAAAGAUAUAUUAAAUGUGAUUUGUUGUCUCGUUUGUACUAUUUAAAGCUUAGUUGUCUUGAUCGUCCUAGUUGAGAGAGCACUUACGAGACAGCUCAACUUUAUAAAAAAUGAUACUGAUUAACCGACAAAAAAGAACUAAAAAAGAACAAAAAGAGAUAGGGGAUAGAAAAGAAAAAUCCAGUUUUUGAAGUCUCGUCAAAAAUUUAUUGGGAACAUACCAAUUUCAGCAAAGAAGUUAUGGAUUGCUACAGGAGGAGAAAGUGAGUUCUGUUGAUUUCUCUAAUAGGAAAUGAAACAAUUUUGAUGUAAAAAAUUUGUGUGCAGAUGUGACACCGAGCUGAGAGAAUCGCUCUGGUUACAAGUUUCUAUGCAGAGCACGCCAUUCUUCAUUAAGAUCUCUUUAAAAGAUUGAACAAUUCCACUGUAAUUUGGCACCCAAAAAGCUCGCUUUUGUCUGUAGAUUUUUACUCAGAGCUAAAACUUCAGAGAACUAUUGGCAGUGUUCCUCAAAAUAACCAGCAACACUCUGUUUCUUUUCCUCUUUUUUGAAUAUCAUCCUGAGUUAGUAAAAACCCGCAUGAAGAGUACUAGUAAUUCCCCGGGGGAGGGAGGGGUACUUCCGUAGAAAAGGUCUGGUACCGCUGUGUGGGGUCGCAUUUUUUACUGCUGGAUGCUUUUUUUAGAGUCACUAGGAUGGGGCUACACAAUUUCGGGGUUUUGGGAGUAAGAAAUUCUGGUAAGAGGGAAUUUAAAAAUGGAAAGAUUCGCGGUUAAAAAGUCGUUAGACUUGGGGAAUAGACAAAUGGACUGUCAUGAGAGGCCAGCAGCGCCUACCAAGCAUCAAAUUGACCAAAGUAACCUCCCCUCCCCCCGGGAGUAAUUUUUACUCUUAAUGAACUCCCACUUUAAGUCGAUUGAAAUGCUCAGAUUUAAAUUCUUUAUCUUGUCAUCUUACCACGUUUCACCUGCGGAGAAGAAGUUUGAAAUUUGGCAAUUUUUUUGUGUACUAUAACGCACAGGAUGGGGUUUAAAGAAAUACGAUAAAAAAAGCGUUGGAAACGGCCAGAAGAGACCACGCAGGCAUGGAGUAAGGUAACGAGGUUUUAAAACACGUUUAAUUUCUCGCGUUGUUUAUCAUUGUUAUUUUUUUUUCUGUUCUAUUUAUUUUACGCCACGCGUGAACCCUUAAAAUUCAAUCUAAAUUUACCCCACAAUCGGCACAUUAGAUAUUCCUGUUUAUGACCUUAAAACCCAGAAAUCACACAUAGUACGCUUAAGGUUCGCCUGUGGUUCUAUUAAAAGACAAUAUGCACUUUAGAUAACAAAAGCACACUUGGAAAGGGUGGAUUAAUUAUUGUACCCUCAUCCUCAAAGAACUUCAGCUGUUUUCAAAUCACGCACCCUACACCCAUUAGGAAUAUUUUGCUCACCGAUAAACAGAAAUACUGAAUGUGGACGGAGAUCGCGAGAUUUGACGAGUAUUUUACUUGUUUUUUUUCAAAUCUGGCCGAGUUUCCCGAGCGAUAGCAUAAUUCAUCCACACAGCCGUCAUAAGUGGAGAGGUUUUGCAGUUAUGACUCGUCGCUUGUAUUUGAAUUUCGUUGUAACUUUAGUUGAAGUCGUAUCUCUAACAACUGGCGGUGAUUUCAACGUUCCUGUUGGUCAUUUGAAGCCGUUAGGAUCUCACAGGCCGCCAGAAAUAAACUUAGUGGACGAUUUACAAGAAGUGCCGUCUCCUCAAGAAUUCUGGACUAAAUAUGUUCGACCCUCGAAGGCUGUUGUGUUGCGCGGAGCCGCCAAACUUGGGAGAGCAUUUACUGAAUGGACUGAUAAGUAUCUCAAGGAAAAUUUUGCAGAUUUAGAGGUUCGGCUAGAAGGAAAGAAAGAAAAGAGUUCUAAAGUUCCGAUCGGAGCAAAGGGAGUCGGUAGGGAUACAAUUGGUGAGUUAAGAAGUUUACAUCUUUUUUUCAUUAAUUUCAAAAUUUUAAGGAAUAUUUAAUGGACUUGGAGUUGGAGUAAAAUUUCAAUCCUUGCACUUAUUCUCAGUAGAAUGUUGAUACACGCCACAAAACAGAAGCAUCAGUAUUGCAUACAGGAUUUUGUUACUGCUCUGAUUUGUAAUAUUUUAAUCACUAGAGCGAAUAAAACAAUCAAACCAAUUGUGUGUUAUAAGACUUUUUUUCUGGCACAAGAAUCAAGCAAUAAUUGAUUCUCAAAUAUGAAUACUUUAAUUGAAAAGAAGGAUCCUUCGAGGCUCUCAACCUUUAGGGUAAGUGCUCUAAAGAUAAUCUUGGUGGGUAUGUCAACUGUUCAAGGCCCAUCUGAUUGUUAAUUCUAUCCCUCUUUACCUGCUUCACAUUUCCUUGUACAUUAGUGAUUUGAAUUUGAUGUGAAAUCAAAAAACAACUUUUACCUGAUAAGUUAGAGUAUUGUCAUCACCUGUUUGCUUGCUAAUGUAUGGAUAUGACACGGAAAGUUACAUGUUUAAACACUUCUGGGAGUUUAAGGGUUAGUUGUUCCCCCUGCAAACUGCAAACUUGUUUCAAAGUUCCAAAAAUUUGCAAAUUCUUCUCAAAUGAAAAAUAGCUUUCAGACCAACUUCUAUUACUUGUUCUGAUUUCAGUCCAGUGUGAUUAUUUUCCUUCUUGUUUUUAAAGGAAACUUCAUCAAUAACUACCAUAAAGAAAACAAUAAUCUCUACAUUGUCUCGGAACUCCCUACUCCCAUGUGGCGUGAUGUGACAGUCAUUCCCCCCCUGACUUGUGGCCUUUUGAAGGACAGACUUGUGGAAGUAGAUUUAUGGAUGAGUGGGGGAGGCACCAAAAGUAUACUCCACAAAGAUGCGUACAAUGCUAUCAACUGUUUAUACAAUGGUACCAAGGAAUGGAAACUGAUAGAGUACAAAUACGAAGAUAAGAUAUACAAAGCAUGGGAACCUCCACAAAAUGUUGGUGGAUUUUCACGCGUAAAUAUUCAGCAAGUUGAUCUGUUGAAGUAUCCUAAGGUUUCUGAAGUCCCCUGGUCCAUUGUUACCAUAAAUGCUGGCGACUGCCUCUUCUUACCGAAAAGUAAGGUGGCUCUUAAAGUUAAGUUACUGUUUUUUAUUUGCUGAAAUGUUACUCUCAUUAAAUAUUGUGAUAUCAUGAAAUGGUGUGUUUUUUUCUCAAUGGAUUCAAGAUUGUAGCUAGCCACAAAACCUUAAAAACAUAUUUUUAAUAUUAAUUGAAAAUUUCUUGACUUAUAGGUAAAAGCAACUCACCUCAUUACUUUAUAUGUUAUUCAGCUUUGGAAACACAUUGCACCUGUUAAAAUGAUAGUUAAGAAUUUGAUCUUCAGACUGGUGUUCCUGUAGUUUGUCUAACUUUUGACUUAUGUAACUUGAAAACAAUUUUACUUUCUGAGAUCAUUAAAGAAAACUAAUUGAAAAUAGCUUACUCAGACAUGUUCCAGGUUUCAAAUGAAUUCAUCACCAUUAUAGUAUGUUGACCUAAUAGAUUUGUUUGAACUGAAAGUUUUGAGAUACAUUUCUAUUGAAUGUUGUUUUCUUAAAUGCCAAAAUAAUAUUCUAUUCAAAGGUUACUAUCACCAGGUGAAUUCAUAUGGUACCAAUAAUGUGGCUGUAGCCUUGUUGUUCUCCCGGCUGGAUGGUGUUGAUGACAUUGAUUUCACUGGCUGUGAUGAGAACUUAAGUUUCAAACCUCUGAGUGAGAUGGAGUUAGACUGGGAAUACCCUGGACAUGGCAAUCUGAGUAUGGGUAACACAGACUUGGAGUCAGUUAGGUAUUCAAUUGAACUUUAUUUUUGUUUUUAUUUUCUGUUUGGUAAUAAGGGUUAAUUUGGGAAUUUGGAAACUAAAGCCAAAGUUUAACAUUACUAAUGCUCUUAUUUGGAACUUACUGGACCUAAUCAGGAGGAAAAGUUUCCAAGAGGAAUUUGAUAAGAAAUGAAGGUUUUGCUGUGACAGCUUCUUUAGUGGUAAUAGGCUUAAGAAUAGUCCAGUUCUGCCUGUAAUCAUACAAGAGAGUAUAAUUAUGUCUACCUAGUUGGAAGACACAAGGUCCUGUUACCAAUUAAUCAAAACUGUGACAAAAUUGGAUCAACAAAGUAGCUUUUGGUUAAUAUGUGUUUUCAAAUCAACAGUUAACUUGGGGAAAAAGGAAACAGCACCAAAUGACACAUAUUGUCAAAUUUCACUCCAACCACAGGCUUCAUGCAUGUGUGGCACUUAAUUUUCAUUUCAGUUAUUUUCUAAUUUCAACUAGUUAAUGUUUUCUUAACAACUGGUUGUAGAUUCUUUUUACACCAUAAAUAGUGGGUCACUUUUUAUUAUUUCUGCAUCAGAUAUGACAAAAUUAUAGUUGACACUAAUAAUGUACCUGUUAACAACUGUGUCAAGCUUAGUAUAAAUGCUGCCUUAAUGUCCUUAGGUAGGGAGAGGGAGGGGGCAGAAGUUAUCUUUAGUAUGUAGACUUAGGCUCUCAGAUACAUGCUUCCCAUUGCUCUAACAUGCCACCAUAAGGAUAAGCUCUGUGCAAAUUUUAGCAGUAUGUGUGUGUCCCACUCGCUGCUAAAGAAAACAAACUUUUCUCUUGGUUAAUUUAGUGGCAUGCCAUUUUUUUUAAUAUCAAGUAAAUACAGCUCCUCAUUCAUUCAAUAAUGCUAUGAAAAGCCUUUCAGUGACUCAGGUCCAUAGUUUAAGAGUGAGAGUGUGGCAUAUCAAGGGCAAUAUAGUAACUAAGUGUUGACUUCUGUUUGAUGUCACACAUUAAUGAGAUAAGUGCUCUGGGGAUGAUGAUUUAAACUUCACAUUGUUAUUUACUCUAGGGAAGGUAUGCUGGACUUUUUUGGAAAGGAUGAAAAGCUUGAUAAAGAUGGAAUUUUAAGAAAAAUCCAAAACGUCACAGAGGUAGAUGAGGUAAGGAGAGUGUACCACUCGCAUUUUUAUUAAUUGCUCUGAAUUUAAACAAAUGAUGUUACACAAGAAUUUCAUAUUGGAAUCUUAGAUACCCUUUGCUGAUGUUUAUGGGCUUUGGUUGUGAUUUUUAGGGAUGCUAUGUUAUUUUAGAUUGGUUUGCUGUGAAGUUAAAAAUUUCCUUCAAUGUGACAAGUAGCCCUUUUGAGGUCCCUGUGAGUGAUGUUUGAGACAGAAAAGAUGUAAAAUCUCAUAAAUCAUAUUUUUGCAAAGUGACCCCCACUGGUGAGCUGUUAUUAUAAAUCUGAAAUGGCAGAAAAAGUAGCCUUCAAAAAUAAUAAGCAUUUCAAGUUGUAUGAUCAACAGGAGCAUUUUGGAUUAUUAUGUGUGUCAGGUGAGACUCACUUAUUAUGUCUAAAAAUUGGCAAGGCAUAUGAUUGUGAAGAGAGUUUACUUUUCCCUGAAGGUACACAAGCUAUAUAGCUAUGUUGAAGGAGUCAGGCAACAGGCUUUAAUGGUCAGUAUAACAUUUUUUCAUUGAAAUUCAAACCUCUGGUAUCUGGAAAAAAUAUUCCUGGUCCUUAGAAAGUUUCAUUAAAUGAGUCUUGCCAUAUAAACCUCCUUGAGGUAUUAGGGGAAGAAUUCAUUUUAGAUGCUAAGGGCUUCAGGUAUUGCCAUGAUAAAAAGUUAAAUAUACAUGGGACAACAGAAAUCCUUUUGAUUUUCAAGUUGUCUCUCGCAACCUUUUCCCACUAUAUUCCAAUUUGUGUCUCUAUGGGGCAUUUGUAGCUGUCCAAAGCCCAUCUGGGGAGGGAGAGGGGAAUGGUGCUUUGGUCAAUUUUUACUGGGUAUGUGCAGCUAACCCAUUAUAGUCUAUUCUUUGGGCAAUUAUAGACCCCACCUUAGUUGCUUUUGGUCUUAUGGUUACAAUUUUUAACUGCAAAUCUUCCUAUAUUCAAAUCCCUACUUACCAGAAUUGUCUUACCAUUGUAGAAACUGUAAUGGAAAUGUGACCCCAUUAUAGUCAAUAUACAUGGUCUUUAUGUAUGGUGUGAUGGCAUCUUAGCAGCCAAUAAUUUGCAAUGUAAUGCUUUCAUUUUAAUUUGAAUUGUAUUCCAGUUUCAGCCAGUCUUGAUUUCUUCAUGGCCUGAUAUGUCAUUUUCAGUCACAAGAAUGAUUUUUUUUAAUUGAUGAAAAUGCUUUAUUUGGCUGGCAGAUGUUUGAUUGGCUUGGUGGUAACAAAAAAGGAUUUAUAACCAAACAAGAGGUUUUGAAGCUAACCCGUGAACAAAUGAGGCAAACUGUUCUUGCGUUUGAAGGAACAGACGUGAGUAACACAGAGGAGGCAGAGUAUGGAGUCAUUGAUGUAGCAAAUGUCAGGUAAAUACUCAUAUCUCUUGUUUAAGUGAGGAUGAUUUUUGAGGGAUUUUUAUCAAAGUCAUGCAGAACUUUCCACAUCCCAAGGUAGCCCUAAGGGACCGGUCGUUAUUUACAGUGGGGGGUUGGAGUUGGGGGAAUUUGUUUGUGUCACGAUAUAAUUUACUUUAUUUCUCCUCCCUUAAGGCUCUGUAAUAUCCUUAUGACCCCCCCCCCCCUUUGGCAAUCAAUUUCGCUUUCUCCCUCUUUAUGCUCUGUUGACAUCGACUGACCCCAAACCCCUGCACCCUCUGAAAACCCCCAAAAUCUUCCAACCCCCUCCAAGUCAUAACUAAUGAGUGUUCCCUAUGUAUCUUUGAUUAAACCCCAGGGAUGUGAUUAGGGAACUGUUGGCUCUUGAUGGUCUCGUGUCAAGGGACAAGUUUAUCCGAGCUUAUGUGGAGGUGAGUGUUAGGAGGCUUGCUAUGUAUGUGUGGCAUGCCGUUUGACAAGUGCUUGCGUGUCGUUCCUUCUGCUAUUUUUCCUGCUUUUUUGGUGUAUUUCUUUUCUUUCUCCGCACAGUUAUCACGUCAAAAAACACACCUUUCUUUUUGAGCUCUUGGAGACUGUUUUAUUUUUGUAAGAUUUUGGCUUGGUUAGCCUUUUUUGUUUUGAGAAAUGUUUUCUUUAGUUUUCGUAAAUGUUAGCCAUACAUUCAAUGAAGAAACAGCACCAUGUUUCAGUUUACUUCCAUUUACUUUUUUACGUUCAUGCACUUUUAUGACAACUUUUUUUUCCCCUUAACCAGGCUACACAGGGAACCGAAGUUUUUGCAGAGCUUGUAAGUAGACUACGGUUUAGAAGUUUAGUCUUUGCUGAUUUUCUGUUUCUCUCUCAGAAAUAAGAGAAGCUUCCAGAUUUAUAAUGUAAGCGUCCACCAAAAGCGAACCUUUGAUUUCUUCAGGCUUUUACUCUUAUAAGUAAUUUAAAAACUUCCAAGUGCAGCGUUUUAAGUUACGUUCAACAGAAUGGAAUUUCCAGAUUGAAAGCCCUUUUCUGGUUUGGUCAAUUUAGCACACGGUCUGUUUCUAAAAACAUCCAUUUAAGGGAAAAAUAAACGACACUAUUUGCAUACCACUGCCAGCUCCUUUUCGAACGGCAGUUAGAUGAUCUUAGACAAUCGACAGCUUUGGAGGUCAUCGCUAGUUUAAUCAAUGUGUCUUAAAAUAAUUUUAAUUUCUUAAUUUUGAUUUUAGAUUUUUAAUAAACUGCGCAACGAGACAAACGUCUCAGACCAGGUUACUAAGCAGGAAGUACAAAAUAACCUGCGCCGUGCCAUCCAGCGGUUUCUUGAGUGGGGGAGAGAGCCGGAAAUCCCCCCGGGAAUGGAUAGUCCGGAGCCAAAUGACGCUUACAUGGAGGAUGAUGAAGAUGAUAGUGAUAACGAUGAUGAGAACGAGGAGACGGAAUGGAAAACAAAAAGUGAUGAUACACACCAAGAGUUGUAGAAUUUUUCUGAUUAUGAAAAAUGAGCGGCGAUCUCGAAAUUUUUUGUUGAUGGAAAGUUUUCACUAACCUAAUUUCGAAAGCCAGUAAUUAGAAAAACCUCUAUAUACCAUAUUUAUUGAUAAAGUCCCGGAUAUUCUCAACUCGCUGUAUAUGAGAUGAAAGAGUGAGUCAGCCAAUCGGAGUGCAGGCUUAACAUUAAGAUACUAACGCAAUUGUAGUACACAACUUAAAUGAAUAAAAGUUGCUUUCAAAAUUAGGACCA